AUAGACUUUACCUGUGUAAUAUAUGGUCUACAAGUCGACCAGUAUUUUGGUUUUUUAUAUGAGCUUCCUGAAGACCACCUGCUAUGCAUACUGAUCUGGCAAGAAACUUCAGAAAAAAAUAAAUGAAAAGCAACAUACAUCAGCGUGCAAUAGGGAAAACUACAACUGGACACAAGAUAAUGAAUCUGUUUCCACUUGAUGAGUUUCAAGGAUCUAGUGAAUUGUAACAAUUAUUGCUCUGAGACAUUGAAGAUAAAAAUAUUGCUUAAUCGUAAGCAACAGUAGUUUUUAAUUUUUGAAUCUCCUAAAUCGAUUUAAAAGAAAAAUAUAAGACACAAAUAUGAAGAGAGAAAAUUGCUUAAAAAAAGGAGCAAGACCUGGUCUUUUGACAUGGUAACGAAUCUUCAAAAAUAAGCAAUGGACAUUGUUAUUAGACUGCUAUUUCUUUUUAAUAUAUUUUGCCCCUGUGGAACUUAUUCAUGCAGAACUCAUGUUUGCUUCAACUGGAAAAUAUCUUCCAGUGAACUCAUACUGACAUGUAAAGUUGAUAACCUGCAUCUAAAAGUUAUCAUCGGAGACCAAUACGGAAAUAUGCAGGCAGAUUGUUUACCACCUAGACCAUUUAGUAAAUGUGAUCCAUAUUAUAAAAACGGGAGUAUAACACAGAAUCCAAAAACAAACGAAACUAUCUAUAUAGUCAAAGGUAAAAUUGAUAACUAUAUUAAUGGAAACUGGACAUGUCGUCACGGUACACGAAAAGAUGUGGCUUAUGUUGAAGUUACAGUUUUAAGAAUACAUGACAUAAACAAAAGCAUUGACUGUUCACAUUGCGUUAGCCAAAACUAUAGGAAUAAAACAUAUCCACCAGGUGAGAAUUGCAUACAUAAAGCGCUGUUAACUGGAACAAUAAGUGUACUAGCGUCGUUAAUUUUCAGUCUUUGCAUAUUACCGUUUGUUAUGAUUCGUUUUAAAACAGUAGACGUUUGUUUCAUUAGAAUUUGCAAAUGUUCAUACUUUAUAAAACAAUCAAAGAUGAUUUUAGCUUGGAAAAGGAUUUUCUUUGGCAUUCUAACGACAGUAUUUUUGGCGUUUACUGUACUGCUAGGUUGGUUGGAUGACAAAAGCUGUACAUCUCAAUGGGUAGUUAUUGGUCUUGGGAUAGUCUUUGGACUAAUAAACACUUUAUUGUUCUUGCAAAAUAAUGAUUCAAUAGGCGAAGGACGUCAUGAAACAUUGCUGCAAAGUAUUAGACCUAAUGAGGAGGAACAAGCAGUCUGAAAUUUCAAAAUGAGAUUGAUUCUGGAAAAUAAUGAACGAAAAUGGAAAAGGUAAUAUUCCUAUUCAUGAUGGCUAAAGAGGUAAUGACUGGAAUUGUAAUCAGGAAUAUUGAAAAGUACAACGCAACUGGAGAAAUAUUGUUUGUUGCACUGUAGAAGUUGGAUUAUAAAUGGUUUAAUUCAAAUUUAACA